AUGUCGGCUACUACUGCUGCCGCUAGUACCGCCGGCGCUCCGAUCACGGUUGUAGGUCCUUCUAGAGGCACUAGGGGUACUGCUCGUCGAGGUGGAGAUCGUACGAAAGGUAAGGGUUGUGCUGCUCCUGCUCCUGUUUCUGCUGGAGGAGAUGGAGGCGAUAGGGGCGAUGGAGGAGAUGGAGGUAAUAGUGAUGAUGGACCGCCAGGAGAUGAUAGGUCCGGUGAUAACUUGCGUCCUCUUUGUGCUUACUUCGUACGUCCUUUCUUUGCUGCUUGUGUGAAGUGUGUGGCGGAGGUAGCUCUUCGUCCUCCUGUGGAUAAGAUUCCUGAAAUUCAGUGCAACUGGGAUUGUACUAAUUCUGUUUCCUGUGCUCUGUGCAAGGGUAACGGUAAGUCCUGCUUCUAG